AUGCUCAAUGACCCGAGAGUGUUAGCUCUUGAAAGUUUGUUUGUGAGUCAAGAAAGCUUCGUGGUUCAAGACAUCAAGAAUCAAUGUGACAGUAGUUAUAACAACUGGUGGAAAGAUGAUGUACUCCCACACUUAGACGACAUCAAUUGUAAAACCUUGUUAGCUAGUGAAUCUAAGAAUUUCAAAUUCAAAGCUCAAGCUGAUGGGUUAGGGAAGGGGAAAUCCUUUCCGAUAGUGGCUAAAACUUCUUCACGUCUUCGAAAAUGGGACACUUCAAAGGAUUGUUUGAAUCCCCAAGAACAACCAGUUCCAAAGAUGUUAAAGGUCACAACACCUGUUUCAAGAUCAGCUAAUGUUCGAUCUGUUCAUCCUUUAAACAUCCAGAGUCUGCUGAAGUGGGUUCGUCAAACGAAUCUGAUCAUACAUUCCUUUCAUCCUGCAUGUCCAAGGACAAUUCAAGAGAGGUGCCAAACAAGAGCUACAGAAGCUGAGCAUAAUUUGGCUUGUGCCCGGUCAGAAAAUGGUGCAAAUUAUACCACUACAAAGUCUCCCACAGGCAGGGUUGACCCAUCUUGUGAUGCGCUGAAUGAUUUAUCAACUUUUUUAGAAUUAUCCAUGCGAUCCCACAAUAAAGAUCUUGCCACAUUAAAUUCCAUCCCAGGUAUUUGUGGAGACCAAAAUCUUGACAAUGAUAUCAUUGGAGCUUUAUUUGAUGACAACGAUCGAACCAUGUCCAUUCUUUCUGGCAGUGGUGAGAUUCUUCCUUUGGUUGAUGGAGAAAAUGUCAAUCCAUCUGAAGGGAAAGUUAAUUCUAAAACAAACCCUUCAUGUGCUAUACAA